GGCCCAGCUUUCGCUCCAAUCCCAGAGGAGAUUCCUUCGAAUCUUCUCCACCUUCGUUCCCUCAAUAUCUCAUUUCUUUACUUUUCUCUUCGCAUUUCGCCCACUAUAAUCGAAGCUUCAAACCAGGAAACCCACGGCAACUUCCCAACAGUUGGGGCAGCAGAUCCCGGCAAAUCGUCCGUUCGUCCUUUGUUCCUGCUCUUCUUUUGCUUAUAACGUAGAAAAAACAGAAGAAAAGGCUAAUUUAGAAUUAUGAGUUCGCGUUUUCUUCUCAUUGAUUUACAGAAUUCAUGUUAUUCGGCUCAUCAAGUUCCACUCUCUACCUUCACUUAUCUCUCCACUAUCUCUUCGUCAUUUCGUCGAACGCGUAGUGUGCACAGGAGGAUUUCCUCGUCGAAAUCCUCAACACCUUCUGUUAUUCGGACCCCGGAAGUCCGGAGACCGUCUGAUCGUUACAAAUCACGAAAUGGGUCGAUGUCAGAAUCAGUGAAUUCUGUUUUGACUUCAACUCCUUCGACAUCUUCAUGCUCAGUUUCGAAUUCUGAAUUGGAUUCGUUUCUUGAAUUGUUGCCUUUGAGGAUGAAGAGAGAGUUGUGCAAGCAUUCAGAGAUGGAUGAAUUGAUUGAAGUGGUAUUGGACCUGGGCAGGAAACCUCUAGCGAGGUUUCCAUCUGGGGACUGGAUUAUUUCGGAGCAGCCUGUGAAGCAUGAGGAUUUAAAGCAUGCCAUAUCAAAGGUCGGCGAUUUUUCUGAUGACAACCGAUCAGGUAUUGAUAGUUCAUUGCAUCGUAUAAGUGCCAUUCGGAACCGUAAAUUGCAAAUUAUUGGGCUCACCUGUCGGGUGGGUCGAGCUAUGUCUGGAAGUGCUGAAAUUAUCCGUGACUUGGUUGAGGAGGGAGGUUCAAUCUUGGUCAUAGGCCCUCCAGGAGUUGGUAAAACAACCUUAAUCAGAGAAAUAGCCAGAAUGCUUGCAGAUGACCAGGGAAAACGUGUCAUCAUAGUAGAUACAUCAAAUGAGAUUGGGGGUGAUGGAGAUGUUCCUCAUGCAGGCAUAGGUCAUGCAAGAAGGAUGCAAGUUCCAAAUGUUAAUAUGCAACAUAAUGUUAUGAUUGAAGCAGUCGAAAAUCAUAUGCCACAGGCCAUCAUAAUUGAUGAGAUUGGAACAGAGCUUGAAGCCUUAGCUGCCAGCACUAUUGCUCAGCGUGGAGUUCAGCUAGUUGGAACAGCCCAUGGAAUGACCAUAGACAACAUAAUAAAAAAUCCUUCUUUACAGAUUCUUGUUGGUGGCAUAGAGAGUGUAACACUUGGUGAUGAGGAAGCAAGGAAAAGGAAAGUGCAGAAGACAAUUCUUGAGAGGAAAGGGCCUCCAACAUUUACAUGUGCUGUUGAGAUGAUAUCUAGGACAGAAUGUCGUGUUCAUCACAGAUUAGAUGCUACCGUAGAUGCUAUACUGGCAGGAAAAACUCCUUUAUUUGAAAUCCGCCAAAUGGAUACUAGAUCUGAUGAUUCUUUGAAGACCGCUCAGAUACAUGGAAAUGAACUUGUAGAAGAAUAUGAGGCAAAGUCCAUUGGUACAGGCAAUGGUGAUGAAGUAGAAUCUGAUGAAGAAAAUGAAAAUUAUGCUCUAGACCAUUUCGAAAAGCCGAAAACAGGUGGAUAUGUGAGGAGGAGUUCUCCUGUAUGUGUUUACACUUAUAAGAUCCUUGAAGCUGAUCUAUUACAAGUGGCCCAAGUGAUGGGGCUGGAAGAUAAUAUAGAUGUGACUGAUGAUAUUGAAACAGCAGAUGCAAUUCUGGCAUCUAGUUCAGAAAUGAAGCAUAACCCAUGGAUUCGUGGUGUGGCUAAAUUCCACCAUUUGCCUGUAUUUGUUAUCAAGUCAAAUACCAUGGCACAAAUGGUCAAGGCAGUUCGAACAAUUCUUGGAUUUGAAUCAUUUGGUUCCACUUUGAAAAGGCCAACCAAAAGUUCCUUGGACAUAGAAAUUGAAGAUGAUGCACCAAAAAGGAAGCCGACUCUGGAAGAGAUUGAUGCUUUGGAGGAGGUUCGACUUGCAAUCGAGUACAUUGUUAUCCCCGGAGGAGAGCCGGUGGAGCUUCUGCCCAGAUGCUCCGAAAUAAUUGCUCGGCAACUAGAACUUGUGGAAAGCUAUCAAUUAACUGCAGAAAAUUCAGGUACAGAACUUAACCCCAGAUUGCAAAUUCUUCCCCUGAGAACAAACAAGAAGACUUCCCUUAAAUCCUCCAAGUCUUGUUCAACCUUACAAAAGGAGACAAGCACAAAGCCAUUAACAGGCAGCAGUGGAGGUACUAGUGUUUCUAGGCUGCCACUUCUGCCCCAAUAAUAAGCUCAAUCAUCAAAUGGCAAAGAUUUCAAUCUUUGGUUGAAUUGAUGUAAUUUAUGUACAUUUAUUGUAAAUUAUGCAAGUAUUCAUAUAAUGUAAUUAUUUAACCUUAUCAAUUGUGGAAAUCCCAUUUAUUGUCA